AGUGACUGACUGUGUUUUUAAUCAUCCAUAGAGAGUUUCUUUCUGCAUGAGUGCACACACAUACACCAACCCUCGUCACGUCACUGGCGCAAGUUCUCGCGAUAGUUCGGGAAAACACAUGGCCGCGGUCGGUUGUAUACAACUUCUCGUGAUGAAUAGUGGUGAAUAGAAAACACGAAAGUCUCGGAAGUGAAAGGGGGUCGUCGAAUACUCGUGUGUGUUAUUCGUGUUUCUCCGGCUUUGCCACAGCCGAGCAGGAUAGCGUUUAAAGCCGAAUUGAGCGCGAAACCGUGAGGCCAGGCUAGUCGGUGUUGUGAUGUCCUCGUCCCCCAGCAGACUCAAACACCCACACUGCAGGAAGAAGCACUAUCCUAGUAGCACCUACCUCACCCACGUCUGACAGCAAGCACACGCACACACACUCACACUUACACUCACAGACACACACAAGGCACCUGGCAGCCAGGUAGAGGAUUUGACAGAAGAGAUUGAGAAACAAAAGAAAUGUCCGACUCGGCUGGAAAUGGUGAAAGUGGAGGUGUGACAGGGGCAGGGCAGGACUCAGAGGCAGACAAUGAGCCCCCUCAACAGGAGCCACCUCUCCUUGAAGGUGAUGGCGUAGAGGUAGGGGAGACCUUGGAGGAAGGAGCCCCAAAGUCUGCCAAGAGGCCCAGGCUGAGCGAGGAGGAUCAGGGGCUGGAGCAGGUUGCCAAGCCUGCAGAGAUGCACACAGGAACACCAGCACAAACAGCACCCGUACAGUCUGAAGAGGGUGAUCGAGGGUUGCAGGAGGUGACUACGGCUGAGGGAGGUGAGGAGGAAUGCCGUCACAACGGAGACGGAGGGCAUGAUGCCUCAUUAGGGGAGGGAGAGGCGAAACCAGAGGAGGAGCACAACGGUAACGGAUCUGCAGACAGCCCCAGUGAAGAACAGCACCUCGGCUUAGACUUUACCCAGAAUCCCCAGAUGCUGACUGGUUCCUGGACCGAAUACUCCAACUUUCCAGAGAAUUACCUCAAAGGCUGUAAAUGGGCCCCUGAUGGUUCCUGUAUCCUAACCAACAGCGCAGACAAUGUGCUUCGUGUGUACAACCUCCCUCCAGAAAUUUACAGCUACAACUGGGACUUGCUUCCUGAGAUGAGUCCAGUGCUGAGGAUGGCAGAGGGAGACACCAUCUACGACUACUGCUGGUACCCCAAGAUGAACUCUCUGGACCCUGACACUUGCUUUCUGGCCAGCAGCAGCCGUGACAACCCGGUCCACGUGUGGGACGCAUUUUACGGGGAGGUGCGAGCCAGUUUCCGGCCCUACAAUCACCUGGACGAGCUGACCACGGCCCACUCCCUCUGCUUCUCCCCCGACGGCACGCAGCUCUACUGCGGCUUUGACAAAACAGUCAGGGUCUUUUACACUGAUCGUCCUGGAAGAGACUGCGAGGAGCGACCCACCGUAGUGAAGAAGCAGGGCCAAAGUGGCAUCAUCUCUUGCUUUGGCUUCAGCCCCUGCCAGUCUGUUUACGCCUGUGGCUCUUACUCCCGCUGCGCUGGCCUCUACUCCUGCCAAGACGGCACCCCGCUGGCUCUGCUACCGACCCGCCACCACGGAGGCCUCACCCAUCUGGUCUUCUCCCCUGACGGCAACUACCUGUACACCGGCGGCCGCAAGGACCCGGAGAUCUUGUGCUGGGACCUAAGGGAGCCAGGCAAGGUUGUGUUUUCACUCAAGAGGAACGUGGCAACUAACCAGCGCAUCUACUUUGACCUAGACCUGUCAGGCAGGUACCUGCUGAGCGGGGACACAGAGGGAGUGGUGUCAGUGUGGGACACCCAAACAGCCCCUCCUGAUGGUAACGAGGACCUACUGCAACCUCAGCUCAGGUUCCAGGCCCAUUGGGACUGCACCAACGGCAUCAGUGUUCACCCCUUCAUGCCAUUGUUGGCGACAUCCAGCGGGCAGCGCCAGUUCCCGUGGCCCAUGGAUAGUGACGGUGACUCCACCUCAGACGGCGAAGGAGGCGAAGCCGUGAUGUCACAGCAGGAGAGCCGACAAGACAACACCAUGAGGCUGUGGUGGGCCGGACCCCUUGGCCCCGCCCCAGAGGAGAACCAGGAGCAGAAUACAGCUGCGGCGGAGGCCUGAAGCCCCUCUGACAAAUUGGAUGAAAUUGAGUUACACCUUCCAUGUGACAUUUAUUUCAGGAAUGUUUUGGUGUGGAUAAAUCUGAUUAUGGGUCAGUCAGAUUCAGUUUAGCAUCAGCAACAUGAAAUCCCAACAUGGAGAAGCAUGUCUGGAUCACUUUUAUACAGCUAUACAUACAUAGUCCAAAUAAGUUUGAGUGUUAACACCAUAAAUCACCUGCGUUUAAGAAACAUUGCACAUUAGUCUACAAAACAGGUCAAUUUGGUAUAUAACAGUUAUAUCUUAUCUAUAUGCCAAAACCAUUGUCAUUGCUAAAAGCAGGGAGUCCCACCUUACUCAGGAUGAGACACUUGAGUUGCAUAAGGAGUGGAUUGGAGCCCAACUUUCAAUUCUGUUCAUUUUUGGAAGGAAGUUAUUUUUUAUGUAAUCCAGUCAAGAGGAAACAUGACAUUUUUAAGGAAAUUUAGUUUUAAUUUAAUUUAGCAGAGAAGCUACUUUUGGAUUAAUUAAAAGCCUUGACUGUGGUGUUAAGCAGGAUCCAUUGUCCUGCCCGCAGCUCUGAUCUGAGUUGUAUCUAUGGGGAGUGUUUGUUUACGCGUGUGUGUGUGUGUGUGGCUGUAAUGCUGCCCCUGGAGAUCCCUAACUGCUAUAGUUAACAGUAAGUGCCAUUUGUUCUUGAGCUUUGCUUUUGUAAACUGACGGGAUCUCCUCUUUUUACCUUCUUUUUUAAACUAUUGGACGCACCCAAGUCAUUGUGUCGCUCUGUGCAUACCCACAAAAUGUAUAUUUUUGUAAAGCCAUCAUGAUCAUUCUAAUUUUCGAAUGUAUACUCUAUAAGCAGCUAGUUAAUUACUGUAACCUCAUAACAAUGUGAAAGUCUAUAAUUAGUGGGUGCACCUGAGGGGGGAGACAAAACGUGAUCUUUCUCUUAUUUUUUCUACAACUGGUGGUCAGAUGACAAUUGUAUCUGUGUGAGUGGUGAUGUGGCAGCACAAAACACAUUGUAUUUGUAUAAUGGCAUUAGUAAUGUACUGCAGUGAUAUGCGUAAUGCUUUUGUUGCCAUCAGUGAGGUGUGCUUUGCUGUAGGGUUUCUUUGCAGGUUAAGGAUCUGAUCAGAACAUGCUCCAACCAAAGCCUUGUAUCUUUAGACACUGAGGAGUCUGUUUAGAAAAAAAAAAGUCUCUGCUGAUUCAGGUGUCACUUCUCGGAACUCCAAUUUGUUGCCAAACAAUAGUAGCUAUGCUUUUGUAGCUAUUAUUACUCAACAUUACACAACUUUACUCUCUAACCAGGAAGCAUCAGGAACCAUGUAGGCCUUGAUGAUGUCAUACAAGUCUCUAGAUAGUGACUCUGUCUACAACAGGUGGCUUUGUGGUGGUUUUAUUUAAGCUGGAGUGAAUUAAAAGCAUAUCUCUUC